CAUACGAGUAUGGCUGCCGACACCCGUGAUAUUCGUACUGCACCGACAGGCGUCCUCAGCAACUCUGAACGUCAGCUGUGGCUCACCGCGACCGCGGAACCGCCCGGGCCGUUGAUUCGCCUGCUGGUGCCUGUGCCAGCCUGCAGCGAGCCGCUCGACGACGGGAGCGGGACGCAGGAGCCAGAAUAUGAUGAAGACGAAGAGGGCGCUGCAGCCCGGCGGUCCUUGCGUCUGCUGGCCCACUCCCAAACUGGAGCAUGUGGCGGUGGUGGUGAGCGGGAAGGCGAACGCAGCUGCAGGCUACAAGGCGCUCGCGGUCAACGCGGGCCGGCUGGGCUACCGGGUCGGCGACGUCAAGUCAACGGUGCUGGUCGCGCCUAUGGGCUGGCCGGAGCUGCAGGCAACUGCGGGGGCAGGCGUGGGAGCGGCGCUGAGGGCGGCGGGCUGGCACUGCCUGGUAGAUGGCGGCAGCAGCAAUGUCGGCUGCAGCAGCAGCGGCAGUGUGUGGAUGCGCUGUGACUUCCUGCACGCUGCCGCCGGCCGCCGCCACACGGCCCCCGCUCUGGCGCUUACGACACUGCCUGCAGCCGCCACAGCCGCCGUCGGCACGCUGGCACUGGGCAUACGCGGCGCGGGCGUGUACCGCUUCCAGCGCAUCUCCCUGCUACAGCCGCCACAGCCGCCGCCGGGUCAGGCCCCGGCACCGGCCCCGGGCGAGGCGCCUGCAACAGCGGAGGCGUGUGUUACGUCCAUGGCAGGCACGGGCGCGGCAGCGGGUGCGGGUGCAAGUGCGGGCGCGGCGGCGGAGGCGGAGCAGCAGAAGCAGGAGGCGGCGGCUGAGGACGCGGCCCUGGCGGCGCUCUUUGCGGACCGGGCGGCUCUGCGGCGCGCGGUGUCACGACUGGCUGAGACCCGUGUCCUGGUGGUGGGACCCGGAGUGCCCGCCUACCUGCUAGCCGCCCGGCCGCUGCCCGCCUCCGCCGCCGCCCGCGCCGCGCUAGCGGCUGGCUGGCUGGGGGCCUACGGGCUAGUCUUGCCGCCGCGUCUGGGCGGCUGGCUAGCCGAGGUGGCAGCCAGCCCCGAGGCCGAGCCUGAACAGGCGCGCACCGUGCCGGGCUGCUGCCUGUGGCUGGCGCCCGCGUCCUUUACUGCCGUGGCGGCGGCGGGGGCUGCGGGUGGUGGCGGAGGAGGGGGAGGAGGCGGAGGAGGAGGAGGAGGGGGAGGAGGAGCAGGAGGAGGAGGAGGAGGGGGAGGGGGAGGCGGCGGAGUGGAGUUUGGCGGCCUGGCGCGGGUGCCCGCGGCCCAGGGCGGCAUGAGCGAGGCAGAGGUGGUGGAGCUGUUGGCUCGGGACCUGGCCGCCGGCUCCGCCGCACCGGCCGCCGCCAGCGGCUGCCCGUUCUGGGGCCCCGCCGGCCUCGUGUCCCACGGGUCGGCGGCGCCGCCAGGGGCCGAGGCGGCGCUGGCCAAAAGGCUGCAGCAGGCCGCUGCCGCUACUGCCGCUACUGCCGCUGCGGCUACUGCUGCUAGUGCGGCCGCUACCGCCAUUGGAGGCGCCGCAGGAGGCGGAAGUGACAGGGGUGUCAGCAGCCCGGCAGCGACGUUGGCAACGCCAGGCGGCGGCGGCGGCGGUGGCGGUUGGACGACGGCCGCGGCGGCGCUGGCGUCAGGCAAGCAUCCGACUCAGACGCAGGACGGCGGCGGCGGCGCAGCAGCAGCAGCCACCGCGGGACAGAACACCGGAUGGACGGCGGCGGCGGCGGUGGCGGCUGGCGGCAGCUUUGCCGCGCCGCCGCAGCUGCCGCCGGCUGCCGUGACGCUUCGGCGCGUUACGCUGCUGGAGCCCGGAAGCGGUGGUGGCGGUGGCGGCGCCGGCUUUGGCGCCGGCUUUGGCGGCGGCUUUGGCGGCUGGGGCAUAGGCGGCGGCAGCGACGGUCACGGCGGUGAUGAGGAGGGGGCGGCCUUCGAGGGCAAUGCCGCGGUGCGGGAGGCGAUGCUGGCGCGCAGCAGCGACGAGGCGCUGCAGGCGGCGGCGGCGGCGCGGGCGGAGCAGCGGGAGCGGGAGCGCGGGCUGUGGGCAAAGCACCAGGCAUUUCGGGCGACGCAGCUGGAGGCGGAGGCCGCGGAGUGCGGCGGCGGGGGCGCGCCAGGACCGCAGCUGGCGCGGCAGCACGGUCUGGUCGCCACAGUUCCCGUCCCUGCGCCGGGUGCGGCGGCCGGCACGGGGGCAGCAGCGGCUGGCACGGGGGCGGCGGCGGCAGCGGGCGGGACAGCGCGGCUGCCGCUGCGCGCGCCCACGUUUGGCAGCGGCUUCGCCAGCAGGGCUGGCGCCGGCCGCGGCAUUGCGGGGCUCGCCGCAUCUCGACCGGCGCUCAAGGCGGGAGGAGGAGGUGUUGCGAGCGUGGUGCGAGGAGGAGGGAAGGGAGGUGGCAAGGCGCCUGCCAUUGGGGGCGCUGCGGCGAAGCCGGCUGGAGCCAAGCCGGCUGCCAAGCCCAAGGUGCCAAAGGCAGCAGCCGCAGCUGCAGCCGCAGCCGCGACAGCGGGUGCAGGAGUUGAAGCCGCGAGCGGGGAAGCGGUUGCGGGGGUGGAGGCGGGCGGCACGACUGCCACCGCGCCGGCAGCGCCGGCUGUCGCAAAAAAACGACCCGUAAAGACCGCUGCAGCAACCGCAGCUGCGGCCGUAGCUGGCGAAGGGGUCGACGGCGGCGCCGCGCCCCCUCCCAAGAAGAAGCCCAAAACCGCCGCUGCCGCGAAGGCGGCGGCGGUGGCAACCGCGGCUGCUGCAGCGGCCGCAGGCGCGGUGGCAGCCGAGGGCGAUGUGCCGCUCACCGCUGGGCCGGGUGCGGCGGGAGAGGCAGCGGGGGCGGCGGCGGCGGCUGGAGUGGCAGCGGCAGCGGCAUCCGCUUCGACAGCGGCGGCGGCGGCGGUAGCGCCGGCCAAGAAAUCAUUGGCGUCCAAGGCGGCGGCAGGUGCCAAGGUGAUGAAGCGGGCGGCGGCAGCGGCGGCUCCCGCCCCCGCAGCAACCACCGCGGAAGGAGUUGAUGGAGAUGGAGUGCCUCCGGCGGGAGGGGAAGACGGUGCAGCGACAACAGCAGCGGCUGCUGCUGCUACUGCCACUGCUGCUACUGCUGCUACAGCGGCUGCGGCUGCGGCUCGCAAGCGCACCAAGGCAUCCGACCUGGAUGCGUCAGCAGUGGAGGCCAAGGUGGCGGCGGCGGUGGCGGCAGGGCGGCUGAGCGGCCUGACCCUCCCGGAGCUGCAGGUUGCCCUCAAGGCGCGCAAGGCGCCGGUCAGCGGCAAGAAGGCCGAUCUGGAGGCGCGGCUGGCGGGGCUGCUGGGUUUGGCAGUAGCAGUGGCAGUGGCAGCAGCAGCAGCACCGGGGCCGGCGCAAGCGGCGGCAGUAGCAGGAACAGAUGCAUAGACGUGCGGAGGAGGGCUGGAGGCGGCGGCGGCGGCAGUAGCAGGGGCGGAUGGAAGGAUUGUGUAUGGGGCGGGCGCUCGUGGGUGGGUGGGUGGGACUUCGCGGGGAGGGAGGGUGCGCGGGCGAAGGCGAGAAGGGCGGGAGAGGCUUGCAGGGCAGACUUGAGGGGUGCGUGCUGUGCGAUCGGCGGUAUGCCGCAUGGCUGUCAUGCUUCAUUUAUGCAUCAUGCAUGCACACAGUGCAUUUUUGGGCUGAGCCCCCCGAGCGAAGCGAUCCAGGGGGGGGGCGAAGCCCCCCAGGAUUGCCCCUGUCCGUGCGUGCGUGCGUGCGUGCGUGCGUGCGUGCGUUGACAAAAAGUGCCAUACUGGCACAAACCGCGAGUGCCACGUAUUAUUAAUUGCAAUUACCUAUUGUAGAAAAAUAGACGGCAGGGAAAACUCGGCCGGAGCGAGAAGCGACCUCGUGAGUCCAUGGACAUCUUGACUUUCUUCAGUUCGCGAGUAUAGCUCUCGGCCCCUAAAUAUCUUACAUCCAUGUAUCAAAACAUGUCGACGACAAGCGUCUUGGGGCAAGAAUGUCGAAAUUGUUUGCAACAGCCAAACCAUGCGUCCCCGAGCCUUACAUGUGUCGCGGCCCGGGAUCCCGCGCCCGAGCCCGGCUAGCCGUUUGCGGUGCUUGAGUGGGAUGUGGGUGAGGUGCAUUUGGGAUAUCAUGGACCGUGAAGUGGCGUGGGUAAGGUGGCGUGGCGUGGCGGGGACAGGGCAUGUCGGUGCCUCGGCACGGCGUUGGCAUAGUGGCCAGUCCCGCUGGA